AUGAAUGCGCCCAGCCAGGGGACACUGCCCAGGGUUGGGGCAGGGGAGCCAGCCCACAGUGCAGAACAGAAUGCUGAAACACAAGGAAGGAGGAAGAUGUCUUUGGCUAAAACUUUGGCAUUAAAUAAAAGAGGCAAAAAGGAUGGAAACAUGCAGCCCUGCCAGCCAGGUUGGGGCAUAGCGUCAAAGGCUGGCUCCAAGGAUGGGAACCAGGCCUGGGCAUGUACCUGGAUGGAAGAAAGCUGUGUUUCAACCAGGUGGGUGUGCCUACUGGGCCUGGCAGAGAUCACGUGCAAGAAAGGAACAAGGAAGGGCAGGUGGGCCACCUUGGCUACAGCCAGCUCAUCAAGUAACUAA